AUGUCGUUGAGUGAACGUUCUGGGAGGCCAUGGGCAAAGCCACUGACGGGUUGGAACCCUCAGAGCUUGCUGUCGCAUUUUGUUCCAUCUCAAGGAGAAGCCUGCAACCUGAAAUUCACUGAGGCAGGGGCUUAUGCCUUUCAAGGAGGUCGCCAGAGAGAGGUGGAGUUCAAGGAUUUCCGGCACAAGUUUCAACUGCUUGAUUGCGAUGAAAGUGGAAGAGUUGAGUUUGACAAGCUGGUCCAGCUGGUAGGAUCCCUCGGGCUUACGGUGAGCGAGGCGACAGUGAAGGAGUUGGUGGAGGACAGUGAGGAUACGUACUUUGGCCUUGGGCGGAAGGAUGGAGCUCUGGACUUUGACGAGUUCGUCAACUUUAUGUUGAAACUGAAAACACGAGAGGGCUUUAGCAUUGCGGAAGUCAAGCAAUUCAAACUUGUUUUUGACCGCUUCGACGACAACAAUAACGGCGAGGUUGAAGUGCUGGAGCUCGCGGAUGUUCUGAGAUAUUUGGGCCGCACCGUGAAGCUUGAUGAACUACAAGUGCUCAUCAGCCAGGUAGACUUCAACGGCAGCGGAGCUCUAGAGUUCGAAGAAUUCCUGAGGCUGAUGCGUAUUCAUCGGGAGGAAGAGGUCAACAAGAUCCGGCAAGCCUAUGGUCAGUUCGCAUCCGGAGAGACUCAACUCUUGUCCAAGGCGAGAUUGCCAGACGCGAUGGCUGCCAUGGGGGUCUCAGGCGAAUCUAUAUCAUUGUCAAAGAUGAGAGCCAAGGCUUCAGGACGUCGCCAGUCGCUGCAAGUACAAGCAAGCAAAACCCUUGAGGAUGUGGGAGAUUCGAUUUCGUUCGGGCAGUUCCUGCAGUGGGUUGAUGACAAUCGCGCUGUGAAGGCAAACGAGCAGCGCCGAUGUGCUGGGUUCAGCAGUACAGAGCUAGACUCCUUCCGAAUGACAUUCACUGAGCUCGACUCGUCAGGAAGCGGUGUGCUGGACAUCAAGCACUUAGGACCCCUGUUGGAGCGGUUGGGCCUUCCUGCCCUUGCCACGGCAGAGGAACGAAACCUGUUGCUGGCAGAUCUGGAGAAAGCUCGAGAAACCGCCAGCACUUUGGGAGUGGUGGAUGUAGGGGAGAAAGGCGAAGGUUUCAACUUUUGGAUUUUGGUGCAGCUCCUUCGUAUCCAGUUCAGUCGCGAUGAUGUCAAGGUCCUUGACCGGGAGAGCCAGGCUGUAAGCGAAACUAUGUUUUCCCAGGGUGAAGUUGAUGGCUUCCGCGAGAGCUUUGUGUCUUGGUUCGAGCGCCAGGGGCGGCGCAUGUCUGCUGGCAGCGAAGCUGCCGAACAGGAUCAGUCCGAUAAGCGCAUCAAGGAGCUUCACAAGGACACCUUGGUCAGUUUGAUCCGAUCACUUGGGUGCAAGAUCGAUGAUGACCAGAGGAAAAGGUUGGACCGUAAGAUAGAAGAGCUGAAUCCGAAUUCCAACUUGGACUUCCCAGACUUCCUUAGGUUGAUGCGCUGGAUUGUCACAGUGGACUUCGGGGGUAUUAACGGAUCGUAG